AUGUCUCUUUAUGAUGACGAUGACGAUGUUGUUAAUGGUGGUCCAGCUGCCCCAACUGUAACAAACAAUACAGAUUUAAAUGAGUAUCCAUUUAAUUAUGCAGAUCUAGAUCGUCAACUGGAUGAUACACAAGACAGACAAGAUGGACCUACGGAAGACGAACAGUCCGUGGUGGUUUUGGAUCCAAAUCAUCCACUUAUGGCUCCAUAUCAAAAAGCACUCAAAGAAUAUCUCGUUAAACAAGAAGAGAAAUUUAACAUUCAAUUACGCGAAGUCGAUCAUGAACUCAAAAAAAUGCGUGAGAGACGUGAAGAACUUGGUGUUAAUCUAUACAAUCUUCAACAAGAACUAGCCCGACAUCAGAUGUUACUCGAAAAGGAACAUGAUCAUUAUGGUGAAGUGAAUCAAGAACGUCAGCGUAUCGACCAAGAGUUGAAACAAGCAAAAGAAAAGCAGGUUAAUAAAAAAGUCGAGCUCGAGACACAAACGAAACAAACGAUGGAUACACAAAAGGAACGUGAUGUUCUUCAACGACGAUUAUUUUACCUAAACAAAGCUAAAGGCGAUGUUAGAAGUGAUCUAUCGACAAUGCGACGAGCAACGGAAAAAGUCGACUCCGAAGUGACCAAGUUAGAAGCGGAGAAAAAAGAACAAGACUUUUUUGUCAAUCGUCUUGUCGAGCAAGUCGAUGCUCUUCGAGAACAAAUCGCUCAGUAUGAAUAUCAAUUAAAAAUUCAGAUGGAAGAAAGAAAGAAUAUCACUCAUACAUUAACUGAAGCACGAUUAGAAUCAGAAACGUUAGAAUUAGAAAAGAAACAAUUGAUGCAGAACUGGAGCAGUUGUUUGAUUGGUAUUCGAAGACGUGAUGAAGCACAAGCAACCAUGAACGAAGCCGUCAGAUUACAAUCUCAACGUAUUGAUACAAUGAACACGGAAAUGGAAUCUUACAAACGUUCGAUUGUUAAAGAGCAGGAAUUGAAUGAAAAACUCACCUUAGUACUCAAUCGAACAAAAUAUGAAAUUCAAAAUUUAGAACGUUUACAUGAAAUUACCCAUGAGAAGUCAGAAACGACCAAACAAGAAAUCUCGACUUAUACACGUGCACUUCAAGAAACUCAACAUAUGCUCGAUCGUAUCAACAAUGAUAAAUCGGAAAAGCAACAUGACUUAGAUAUUCUUCGACGAGAUAUUGAAAAAGAAAGUCAAGAAUGUGUGAAACUUGAAGAUGAUAUCUAUGAGCGUGUACAAGAACAAUUAACAGCGGAAAAAGCUGCUGAAUAUAGUUCAAAACGACGUUUUAAACUCAAAGAAUCUACUCGUGAAAUUGAACGAAAUUUAUCUAAAGUUGAGAAUGAUAUAUCACGCGCACGUCUGGAAAAGACUUAUUUGUUAACAAAUAUUCAACAAUUGGAAACCCAAGCGAAGGAAUAUAAUGAACAAAUUCUCGAAAAGAACCAGAUCAUCACGCGCAGUGAACAGGAGAUAAAACGACGAGUUCUUUUAAUUGAACAGAAACAGAAUCAGAUUGAUCUAAUGAACAAAAAGUUGGAAAGCUUGAAAGAAAAAGCUGGCGGAGUGGAACUUGGACCAUUGGAAUUGGAAGUGUUGAAUCUUCAGAAAUCAAUUGCACAAACGGGAAAAGAAAUUUUCGAAUUGGAACAAGCGUGGCUUAAAGGACAAAACGAAUUAGUUCGUUUAACAAAUGAAAAAGAUGUUUUAGAAAAAGAAACCGAUUCGAUGAAAUUAAAAUAUACGAUUUUAAUGUCGAGAAAGAUCCGAACAGAAAAUACAAUUAAAAAUAUGGAAACCGAUUGUACACAUUUGAAACGGCAAAUGGAAUUAUUAACAUUGGAUUUGGAACGAUUGAAUAAACUGAUCUACAAAGAAUCAACAACUAAAACAACGUUAGAAAGAAACAAUCUACUAUCAGAAGGCGAUUUUGUUCGAGAAUUAAAAGAAGCAGAGAAAGAUGCGAUACAAAUGGAAGAACAAUUGGAAAAGAUACGAAAAGAACGAGAAAAUUUAUUAUCAAAUCUUGUCGAAGCUGAAAAACAAAUCAUGUUCUGGGAACGAAAAAUUCAGCUUGCAAAAGAGAUGAAAUCAGCUGUUGAUUCGGAAACUGGUCAAGGUGAAAUUCGAGCGAUGAAAUCGGAAAUUCAUCGUAUGCAAGUUCGAUAUGAUCAGCUGUUGCGUCAGCAAGAAAAAUUAAUACGUGAUAUGGAAGCAAGUGUACUACGACGUGAUACGAUUGUAACUCGUGGAGAAAUUCAACAACGUGUGCCGCAAAACAAAGCGAUCAUGGAAAGCACUGUACAAAGAAAAAUCACCGAUUUACAGCGAAAGAUUCGCGAAUCGACUCAACAAGCAGGUGAACUUGAACAACAAUUAGAUGAAUAUCGAAAUCUCCAACAAGAACAUGUCUCACACAUGAGCGAACUCGAAGCACAACGAGAUCAAUUAACCAAUGAGAACAGUCAACUCGACGAACGUAUCGUUGAAUUAAAUACUCGAAAGAAUAUGAUGUUUAUCACAUUAACUGAAAAACAAGCACGUGCGAAAUAUUACGAACAGAUAAAAGAUGGUAAAUAUGUGAAAGUUCAUCAAACACCAGAUGCAUUAAACACUGCUCGUGAAAAUCAAAUCAAUCGUUUACAACAUUAUGAAACUAUCCUCCAUGGUUUAUCCGAACGUUGUCCACAAUUCCGUCGUCAAUUUGUGCCCAUACAAGAGAUGCUUCGGAAACGUUUAGCUGAACAUCUUGGUCGAUCGAGUCAAUAA